AUGGCCGACCCCAACGUCCAGCAGUCAAGACAGCAGCCCGGCGCCUAUCCCUCGCCGCACUCUUACCCGUCGCCCUCAAUGCAGUCCACCUACAGCUACCCGCCGCCCCAAGGCCCUCAAGGCAAUGAGCCCUAUCGUGGCUCGCCGCAGCAGGCGAACAACCUGCCGUCGCUCAACCUGCCGCCGAUACGUGCCAUGGACGGACAGCAGCCGCCGCCGCCUCAACCUCAGCAACAGCAGCAGUCCAUGGGCUCGCCGCUGCCUCCCCCGCCCCACGGAAUCCCGCAGUACUAUGGCCACCCAGCGCAUCCGCAUGCGCCGUCCGGCCAGCAGAUGAUGGGCAACAUGGGUCCUGCGCAGUUCAAUGCUGCAAUGCGAUACCAGCUCCCGCCACAGCACGGCGACCAGCGAAUUCUGUCCGGCGGUCGCCACAAGAAGGAGAUUAAGCGUCGCACAAAAACUGGAUGUUUGACGUGUCGCAAGCGAAGAAUAAAGUGUGACGAAGCCCAUCCCGUCUGCAGAAACUGCCAAAAGAGCAAGCGCGAGUGUCUUGGCUACGACCCAAUCUUUAAGCAACAGCCCGGUCCAGCACAAAUACAACCCGCUCCCAACUCUGCUCCCGCACCUCACUCGUCAACCCCAGCAGCCACCCCUGCUGCGCCUGCGUCUACGACAUACAGUCAGAGCCCAGUACCACAAGGCUACGCACCGGCCUCGUCGGCAGGAUACGCACCGGCCGCAUCUGCGACCAGCGGUGCACACCCUCCAGAGAACUUCAACGCAAUCGACCCUGCGCUGGCUGCUCCACAAGGACAGUCAAUGCACCAGGGCCAGCCACACUACAACGGCGUACACCACAUGGAUCCCGCUAUGAGGGGCCCGCCAGGUGCAGCUUAUGCCCAUCCACCGCCAAUGCUACCACCAAGCAAAGGUGCGUCUUCACUAUCAACCCUCACCUUGUUACAGACUGACAAUUCGCCAGGCAAACCCUUGACCAUGGCCGACAUCUUCGGCAUAUGCAACCACAGCCCACCAGAGGUGCCCCCUCGCCAGGCGCCCAUACCGCCCCAGGUUGACGACGAAUUCAGGACAAUUUUUUUCAACGACUACUGCGCAGGCCUAGAUAUCAUGCUGCAAACUCCUUGGUUCACCACAAACGACAAUGCCCUUCACCGGAUAUUUGCCGAUCGCGCGCUACACGAGGAGGCCGCCUACUUCACCGAAUCUAUGAGAGCUGCCAAGUCACAAACCUCUGAUAUGGCGGGGGUUUUCAGUCAAGAAGCUCGACUAAUUUGGCAUUUGCUGAGCACGUGCAAACACCCAGCACCUAGUACCAAUGGUCUGCACGCAUCAGUGCAUUCGAACGAGAACGACGACAUAUCCGUCAGAGAGGUGCGGGGGCGAUUCGACAUUUUGGAGAGCCUUCUCACCAACCAGAACCUGGCGCCCAAUCCACUGCGCCAGUUUUCUUACCCUCCCGACUUACCUGAGCAGAAGAAGGCGGAGGUGGACUUCUGGAUUCAUCUCGGUGACUUCGUCCAGUAUUCCGGCUCUGACUCGGCGCCUCAUGGGGCUGCGGAUUAUGCUCUUUCCAUCAUGCGCAAUGUCUUACAAGUCCAGGAGGUCCGCGAUGCCAUCUAUAGCAUAGCCAUUGCGCGCCAUUGUGGCAGUCGGACACCGGGCUUCCCGAAUCAAUUACCACCCGUUACGAAUCCAAGCGAGGACAGCGACCUUAACAAGCUCACUGUGGCAAUGUCCUUCAUUAGUCACGAAAGUCGGCAGGGUUCACAGCAAGUCUUGGCCCGCGUAUGCGACAUGGCAAUGUUGUCCUGGGAGGUAGCUAGGUCUCCAUAG